AUGACAGCUUCCAGCAGAGGCGCAUUCGCCGCUCUUGGGCGCAUAAAUUUCACCCCCAGUGUCUGCCGACAAUGCGCGAGGGUCCAGAUUAGAGCUCCAGCUCACUCGAGAGCGUACUCGGGUGCCGCCGCCGCCGUCACGACGGCGACCACGACAGCCGUUCCCCCCCCUCCUUCGCCGGAAGUCAGCAUCCCUACCGAGCCCGAGGCGGCGGCGGGCGUGACGAUUCCCCAAUCCCACAUCCGAGCCGGUGUCAUCCUCACGCGGGCGCCGCUCCUGACGCGGCCCUUGACGGACUUUGAGCAGGCCUACUUCUUCUACCAGAAGCGCCUCAACGAGCGGCUGACGAUGCCCUUUAUCACGUCGGUUUAUUUCAAGCCCGACACGCCAUCGCUCAUCGACUGGAACAUGAAGGUCAAGGACCGUCAGGGCACCGUGGCCAAGGAGCUGGGCGUGUACAACGGGAAGGCGUCCACGGCAUGGGACGAUGAGCUGGCUGUCGGGGACGGGCUGAGCAGGCAGGACAAGGCGGUCGAGCUGCUGUUGAAGGACGCUGUGAUGCGCGUGAGUGACGACGCGGAGAUUAUUCCCGAGGAGGACCGCGCGCCGCCUGAGGCCCUCCAGCCGAGGGUCUCUGAGGCGGAUGCGAGCAAGGACCAGACGAGGUUGGAUCGCGCCAUGGACCGGACGCUGUACCUUGUCGUCAAGAAGACUGUCGGCAAGAAGGAUGUUUGGGAGUUCCCUGCGGCGGGAUUGUCUACGGAGGAGAACCUGCACGAGGCCGCGCAAAGGGUCCUCGAUGACACGGCGGGCGUCAACAUGAAUACUUGGAUGGUCGGCCGCGGCCCAGUAGCCGCGCACGUCGCCAAGGUCCAGGUCAGGCGCGGCAAGCUCUACGCCAAGGGCCACAAGACCUUCUUCCUCAAGGGCCGCAUUAUGGCGGGCCAGGCAGACCUGGCGGACAACAAGUUUGGGUACAAGGAGUUCAAGUGGCUGACCAAGGAGGAGCUCGGCAAAGUGCUGGCGCCGGAAUACUUCCACAGUGUGCGGAACAUGAUGGUGGACAGGUAG